CAUUUUUUAAAAUAACUCGGCCUUAAAUUGUGUUCGAUAGUUUGCUUCAAUUGAAAAUAUGUUCCAACACAAGCUCAAGCUCUACGAAGAAAAGGAUGCUGUGGAGACUCGUUCUGGAUCAUUCUGGUUGAACUUUCGGAAACGCGAGCAGAAUCGCCAGAAAACUGUGGAACGUUUUACUAGAGACAUGGACGGUGUCGUACUGGCCCAUAGAUUUAAAAUAAUUGGACUACUUGGCAGAGGAACCUUUGGGUCCGUUUAUCGGGCGGUUGACAUUUAUACAUCCAAACGCCUUGCUCUCAAAGUAUCAAAUGACAAGUAUUACAACUUUUCCUUGACAAAAGAGGGCGAAUUAAUUCGAGCGCUCAACGUUGUGGGUGGCGCGAGGAUGGUAACAAAUAUUGUUGGUUCAACUAUGUGGAGAGGAUUCAAGUGUGUUUUGUAUAGAGAGUGUGUGGGAACACUGCUGAGUCCGAUUACAAUGCAUCCUAACAUUGGAGUAUCUUUGAAUUUAAUCCGAAUUUACACCAGACAGCUGCUUCAGGCCUUGUGCUUUUUAAACUCAAAGAGGUUGAUCCAUUGCGAUAUUAAACCCGAAAACGUUUUAGUGUGUCGGGUCGGAUCUGCGGCAAUUAAGCUUGGCGAUUUUGGGGCAUCACAAUCGUUCCACCAACCAGAACUUUGUUUUAACUAUGUGCAAAAUCGUUGCUACAGGGCACCGGAGGUAUUCUUAGGAAUGCCAAUAACAAGGGCAAUCGAUAUGUGGUCAAUAGGCUGUAUUAUGGUGGAGCUGUUUGCAGGCUGUAUGCUUUUCGAUGGAUCCGAUUCGAUAGAAACCUUCCAUUAUUUAAUGGAACUGUUCGGCUUUCCGCCUGCCGAUAUGAUUGAAUUUGGGAGUAACUCUCCGUUUUACUUCAUAUCUUCUGGCAAUAGAUAUUUUCUCAAACCCAUUGAAGGUCGAGAUUUUAAUGCUCCAGGCAGUAAGGAGUUGCUAGAAAUUUUGGGUUUAUAUUCCGAUAAAAUCUGGACAAUGAAGACAGGUGGAUUAAAUGUAACUGAAUGUUACGAAUUUUUUAAUCUGGUAUCUAAGAUACUUGUUUACCGUCCGAAUGCACGUUUGAGACCAGAAAAUGCUUUGCACCAUGUAUUUCUAAAUAAAAAAAUACGCCCACGUGUCAAGAACUUAAAGCGCAAGCGUUAUUCCAAAGAAUGUCCUUUCUAAAUAUUUGGAUAUACCUACAUGCAUCUAAGAUAUGCCUUGAUUUGACUUUAUGCUUAGACUACAAUAUUAUUGGUUUAUCAUACCUAUCUUGCAUUUAAGUACCUACAUAUACAUUUUGUUUUAUAAAGUUUAUUAGCACAAUUUUUAUUGUUUGGGCGUAGUUGCUUGUUUAGUAAUAGUUGCCAGAUAGAUUUGUUUUAGUUAGGGAUGAUUUAUGAUUUAUAAAUAUUUUUCAACAAUGAGCUAUAUAAUAUGUAC